GGGCCUGGGCGGAGGGUGAGCGCGAUGCUCAGGCUCCUCCCGGGCCCCAGCCUGGGGAUGUGGGUCAGAUGGUUCAGACCCGUGCAAUCCGGCUGCUUUGAGUCAUCGCCGGAAGCAAAUCAGAGCGAACGGGAAGCAUCUUCCAAGUUGGACUAGUAGCUGCAGAAGCAGGAGCAGCAGCCGCAGCAGAAACUUCCCAGAUUCAUUGGGCAAGAUCCAUUUUGGUAUCAUCCAUCAACAGACCUUCCCUUGGUAUCAACAGACCUUCCCUGAUGGAUGACUUUGGGGAAGCAAAUGGCACUUUUGCCAUCAACUUAUUAAAAAUGUUGGGUGAAGAAGACAACUCACAGAAUGUGUUCUUAUCUCCCCUGAGCAUCUCCUCUGCCCUGGCCAUGGUCUUCAUGGGGGCCAAAGGAGACACUGCAACCCAGAUGUCCCAGGCACUUUGUCUGAACAAGGCUGGUGAUGUCCACCAAGGUUUCCAGGCACUUCUCUCGGACAUUAACAGAUCUGACACCCAGUACUUGCUCAGAACUGCCAACAGACUCUUUGGAGAAAAGACGUGUGAUUUCCUUCCGGCCUUUAAGGAAUCCUGCCAGAAGUUCUAUCAGGCCGAGCUGGAGGAGCUGUCCUUUGCUAAAGACACCGAGGAAUGCAGAAAGCACAUCAACGACUGGGUGGCAGAAAAGACUGAAGGUAAGAUUUCGGAGAUUUUGGGUGUUGGCACCGUUGAUCCACUGACCAAACUGGUUCUGGUGAAUGCGAUCUACUUCAAAGGCAGGUGGAAGGAGCAGUUCGACAGAAAGCACACAAGGGGGAUGCCUUUCAAAGUCAACCAGGAAAAAAAGACAGUGCAGAUGAUGUUUAAGCAUGAUAAAUUUAAAAUGGGCUCUGUGGAGGAGGUGAAAAGCCAGGUCCUGGAGCUGCCCUAUGUGGGGGAAGAGCUGAGCAUGGUCAUUCUGCUGCCUGAUGAAGACAUUGAUCUUGCAGUGGUGGAAAAGGCACUUACAUAUGAGAAGUUCAGAGCCUGGACGGAUCCGGAAAACAUGAGUGAGAUUAAAGUUCAAGUUUUUCUUCCCCGGUUAAAACUGGAGAAGAGCUAUGACUUGGAGUCUUUUCUUCGAAGUUUAGGAAUGACUGAUGCUUUUGAGGAAGCCAAGGCAGACUUUUCUGGAAUGUCAACUAAGAAGAAUGUGCCCGUGUCCAAGGUUGCACACAAGUGCUUUGUAGAGGUCAAUGAGGAAGGCACAGAGGCGGCUGCAGCCACUGCCGUGGUCAGGAAUUCCCGGUGCUGCAGAAUAGAGCCAAGAUUUUGUGCAGACCACCCAUUCCUUUUCUUCAUCAGGCACCACAAAACCAACAGCAUCUUGUUCUGCGGCAGGUUCUCUUCUCCAUAAAGAGGUGCCAUUGCUUACAGGUGCUCCUUUCCCUUCUGCCAACCUUGCCUUGAUUCAGAUUCUGUAGGACCAAAUUGGUGCAUGUGGUGGUAUGAAUGCCAAAAUAAAGCGUUUGCACCUAGGA